AUGGAGAAGUACCUCAGAGAUAACUUUGACGUCCAGCCCAAGCGUCCCUCUGAGGCCGCCCUUCGCCGAUGGAGAUCCGCCGUCUCCGUCGUCAAGAACCCCCGCCGCCGCUUCCGCAUGGUGGCCAAUCUCGCCCAACGUGCCGACGCCGAACAAAAGCGCCAGAAGCUCCAGGAAAAGAUACGAGUGGCUCUCUAUGUGCAAAAAGCAGCGUUAAAUUUUAUUAACGGUAUUUACAUUUACCGUGGUGGUCACAUGCUAUCCAAAGAGAUUCAGGAAGCAGGUUUUGGAAUUGAUCCUGAUGAAUUAGCUUCCAUUGUUCGAUCCCAUGACACCAAAUGUUUAGAACAUCAUGAAGGAAUCGAAGGAUUAGCAAAAGCAGUUUGUGUGUCAUUGCAAUCAGGCAUUAAUUCAUGUGAUGUUCCUCUUAGACAAAACAUCUAUGGUGUUAACCGACAUGCAGAGAAGCCUUCUAGAAGUUUUUGGAUGUUUGUUUGGGAUGCAAUGCAAGACUUAACUUUAAUAAUCCUUAUUGUAUGUGCUGUUGUUUCAAUUGGUGUUGGAAUCUCAACCGAAGGUUUGCCUAAAGGUAUGUACGAUGGAGUUGGAAUCAUACUAUGUAUUAUUUUAGUGGUCUUUGUCACUUCAAUCAGUGACUAUAAACAGUCUUUGCAAUUUAAGGAUUUGGACAAAGAAAAGAAAAAUGUCAGCAUUCAAGUUACAAGAGAAGGUACAAGACAAAAGGUUUCAAUUUAUGAUCUUGUGGUAGGAGAUGUAAUCCAUCUCUCAAUUGGAGAUGUGGUUCCUGCAGAUGGGUUAUUCAUAUCUGGUUUUAGCUUAUUGAUUGAUGAAUCAAGUUUAUCAGGUGAGAGUGAGGCUGUGAAUGUUGAUCAACAGAAGCCUUUUCUUCUAGCGGGAACCACAGUUCAAGAUGGUUCUGCUAAGAUGCUAGUGACUUGUGUUGGUAUGAGGACUGAAUGGGGAAGAUUGAUGGAUACUCUGAACGAAGGUGGAGAUGAUGAGACACCACUUCAGGUUAAACUAAAUGGGGUUGCAACCAUUAUUGGGAAGAUAGGUUUGGGUUUUGCACUGUUGACAUUCCUGGUUCUGACUGGAAGGUUUUUGUUGGAGAAAAUAGAACAACAUGAGAUCACAGAAUGGGGUCUGAAUGAUGCUUCAAAGCUUCUUAAUUUCUUUGCUACUGCUGUCAUUAUAAUAGUUGUGGCUGUUCCUGAGGGUCUUCCUUUGGCAGUGACACUAAGCCUUGCAUUUGCAAUGAAGAAACUAAUGAAUGAUAAGGCACUAGUAAGGCACCUCUCUGCAUGCGAGACAAUGGGUUCUGCUGGUUGUAUUUGCACAGAUAAAACAGGAACUUUGACAACAAAUCACAUGGUUGUGGACAAAAUAUGGAUUUGUGAACAAACAAAGGCAAUUAAAAGCGGCACCAGUGAAAAUGUUUUGAAGCCCUCAAUCUCUGAACAGAUAUUUGAUCUUCUUUUGCAAUCCAUAUUCCAGAAUACUGGCUCAGAGAUAGUUAAAGGGCAAGAUGGAAAGAACAAAAUCAUGGGUACUCCUACAGAGUCAGCAUUGCUGGAAUUUGGCUUGCUUUUGGGUGGUGAUUCUAAGUAUUAUAAUGAGAAAUAUAAGAUAGUGAAGAUUGAGCCUUUCAACUCAGUCAGAAAAAAGAUGUCAGUGCUUGUGGCUCUUCCUGAUGGCAACAACAAGUCUCGAGCAUUUUGUAAAGGAGCAUCAGAAAUAGUAGUGAAAAUGUGUGACAAGGUUGUUAAUGCAGACGGCAAAGUCAUUGAUAUGAACGAACAACAAAGAAAUAGCAUCACGGAAGUUAUCAAUGGUUUUGCUUCUGAGGCUCUGAGAACACUCUGCAUUGCCUUCAAGGAUAUUGAAGGAUCCUCUCAAGGUGAUAGUAUUCCUGAGGAUAAGUACACGUUAAUAACUAUCAUUGGGAUCAAGGAUCCAGUUAGGCCUGGAGUCAGAGAAGCUGUAAAGACUUGUUUAGCAGCUGGUAUUACAGUUAGGAUGGUAACUGGUGACAACAUAAAUACUGCUAAAGCAAUAGCUAGAGAAUGUGGCAUCUUGACAGAUGGAUUGGCUAUAGAGGGACCAGAUUUUAGGAACAAGUCCCAGCAAGAAAUGGAGGAGAUAAUACCAAAAAUACAGGUAAUGGCUAGAUCCUUGCCUCUUGACAAGCACACCUUAGUGACCCAUUUGAGGAAUGACUUUAACGAAGUUGUGGCAGUAACGGGCGAUGGGACCAAUGAUGCUCCAGCUUUGCAUGAGGCUGAUAUUGGGCUUGCUAUGGGUAUUGCAGGGACAGAGGUUGCAAAAGAGAAUGCUGAUGUGAUUGUGAUGGAUGAUAACUUCACAACCAUAGUGAAUGUUAUAAGAUGGGGCCGUUCUGUUUAUAUUAAUAUACAAAAGUUUGUCCAGUUCCAGUUAACAGUGAAUGUUGUAGCUCUCAUGCUGAAUUUUGUUUCAGCAUGUGUGUCAGGCUCAGCUCCUCUAACUGCAGUUCAAAUGCUUUGGGUAAACAUGAUCAUGGACACUCUAGGCGCAUUGGCACUGGCCACAGAACCUCCCCAUGAUGGACUGAUGAAAAGACCACCUAUUGGAAGAAACGCCAAAUUCAUCACUGGGGUCAUGUGGAGGAACAUAACUGGUCAGAGCAUCUAUCAAAUUAUUGUCCUUUUGAUUCUCAAAUUUCGUGGGAAACAGAUUCUCAAGCUCAGUGGACCUGAUUCUACAUCAGUUCUGAAUACGGUCAUAUUCAACACUUUUGUGUUUUGUCAGGUAUUCAACGAGAUAAACAGCCGUGACAUGGAGAAGAUUAAUGUCUUACGAGGAAUGUUCAGCAGCUGGAUUUUCCUGAUGGUCAUGACCUUAACAAUAUGCUUUCAAGUAAUAAUAGUUCAGUUUCUUGGUGCUUUUGCUCAAACAGUACCACUGAGCCGUGAGUUGUGGUUAACCAGUUGCAUGAUUGGAGCAUUGAGUUUACUCGUAGCAGUUGUCCUAAAGUGCAUUCCUGUUCCUGAUAGUAAUUACAUCGCAACUCAUCAUGAUGGUUACGAGCAGCUACCAAGUGGACCAGAACUUGCAUGA